UUCAGUACCGAUGGUGUCUCCAAAGUACACGGGAUGCACAUUCAAAUAUCGAAACUUAGUCAACGAAAAAAAAAGCGGGAUAACACUUCCCGAUGAUUCAAGAUGUAUGGUCGAGUUCAUUUAGGUCAGAAGAUGUUCCUCAUUGACCCAUGCAUAUAUGUACAAUUAAGUAUCGACUGCGCCCUACCGCGUUCGAAUGAGUUCUUUUAUCAACACGCACAAAUUCUAAGCGUUGAAAUUCUAAGGGAAUUUCCAGUAUCUUCGUAUUUCCUCGAUCUAUUUCGUUUCUCAGAAUCCCUGACAUCAUUACCUUUACGUCAUUUCCAGGAACAGACAUUUACAACCCUAUGUUAUACUGUAUAAUUGUUUUAAAUUCCGUUAUAGUAUUUCUUUGAAUCGCUCUCCUAUAGAUGGCUUAGCACUAAAUUGGCUAUUGACAGUUGCAUAUAACCUGUAGGUAGGUAGGUGCAUGUGUUAUCAAUACACGUCUGAUAUGCUUGUCAGAUUGUUGCCAAAGGUUUAUGUGAAAUAACAACGGUUAUUUCCUACGGUAUUUUCAGAAAGGCGAGAAGCACAAGUUUUGCUGACGAGGCAAAAUACUGCGUGACUGUAUAUAAUUUGAACGUUCGAAUUUAAUAUUUUUGUACAUAUGUUUGGUGUUUCAGAGUUGGCAUUGAUACUGCAAGGCCAUACAGCUGCGUUUGAUCAGCGCCCGGAGAAGCAAGCGUUUAUUUUUGGCUGUAAAACAUCAGAUUGGUACAACAUCAAUUGAUCUAAAUUUGUAAUUAAACGAUAAAGACAAACUUUCUUCUGAAUUUAUUUUAAUACACUGAUUGUAAAUAUUAAAAUAUACAUACGAAUUUUAUCACGAGCGUCAAACGGAACUGAUGACGUGUUUGUAAGAAGAACUUUAUAGGUCAAAAAUUAUAUAAUUAUAUACUCAUCAAAUUGAUGAAUUGUGGGGCGAAGUACGUGUGAUCACGAACGUGUCAACAAAGACCAGACGAAUCAGAUUUAUUCAGCAUUCUCAUAAUAUACAGUUUCGUUAUUCCGGUUACGUGUGGGUCACUCACACUCAGUCAGACUGAACGCGAUCAAUCGUCCCUACCAAUAACCCAUGGUAGCACGUUGAACCGUUUAAGAAGAAGACGUUGUGUGAAUCAUCGAGAGAAAUUCACAGUCGGUUUGAAGGUGCCUGGAAUUUGUAAAUAUGAUAUUAUAGUGAGAUGUCUAUAGACGCUUUCAUUUAUGUGGUUAUACUGUUGUACGUUUAAGCAUAAUAUAUGUAUGUAAAAACCUUAGGACUUAAAUGCUUUGAUAUCGAUUAUAUAAAUUAAUUGCCUAUUAUUAUAUAUAAUGCAAAUUUCAUUUCAGACGGGGCGUCCUUGAGCUUAGAAACAUCACGUUUCCGAUAUAGCUACUCAUAUAUUGUUAUAUAGCAUUAUAGCAUUACAUAGCUACUCAUUAUACCACUGAUAGAUAGAUACAGAUUGUCCUAGAUUUGGGGGAGAUAAUUUCGGCUAGUCAUUUGAGAAUUGAGAUAGCAAUGUAAUGUAAUACGGUAUAAACCACUAUACAUGGUUGUCUAAAUGAAUCCAUGAUCUUAAAAACUAAUAUCACAUAAUUAUUCUUAUAUGUUCUCUGUUCUGUCCUUAGGGUAAUUCGUCUUUGAGGAGCUUCGUGGGAUUGCAUGCAGCCAAUAAGGUUCGACCUGAACGCUCAAGAAAACAACGCGGAAUUUGAGCGCGAUGCAAACUCCGCUAAACAGCUCCGAGGAAAUCCUCUUUCAAAAUGACACCAAAGUCGCUCUCAAUACCGACGUUAUCAGCGCCAUCUUGGGAGCCGUGAUGGUGUUUACUAUCUUCGGAAAUAUUCUGGUCUUAUUCUCGUUCCACGCCCAACCAUCACUGCGCAAGGUCAAAUACUUUCCCAUCUUCAGCCUAGCUUUGGCGGACCUGCUGUGCGCGGUCACCGCGAUGCCGCUGUACAUAACGAAAAAGAACGCGUCGUCGGAAAACAUCGACGCCCGAUUGGUCUGCGAUCUUUACCGAUUCUCGUACUUCUUCACCGAGUAUGCGUCGAUCAUGAGUUUGAUGGUGAUAAGCAUCGAACGAUUCCUCAACAUCAAAUUUCCUCUCAAGUAUAUGAACUGUAUGCGUGCACGCGUUAUGAUUUGCGUGCUCGUUGCGUGCUGGGUCGAAGCGUUGAUCGUUGCAACGAUGCCGUUUUACUGGCGUAACGAGAAAGACAAAGAAUGCACGAACUCGCCGACUUCGACGUGGAGCAUUGUAGCAAUAUCUGUGAACGUUUUUCUUCCAUUCUUAAUCAUGUUCUCGUCUCAUUGUUAUAUCUAUUGCAAGACGUUGUGUGAAUUCUGUCAAGAUCACAGUGCUGCACAUUCGGCAACACCCGAUCAUCGCCGACGAAAAACGGUCGUACGCGCCGAGAAAUGGAAAAUAGAGAAAAGAGCGACGAUCAGUUUUUCCGUUGUGGUCGGCGUGUUUAUAAUCUGCUGGGGUCCAUCGACUAUUUACUAUUUCACGGCCAAUGUUUCUCCCGAGUCGUUCGCUGACCAAUCGUUCAAACGCUACAAAUCCAUCGUCGGUGCAACGAUGAAGAUCCUAACGUUUUGCAAUUCAUUCAUGAACCCUGUCAUAUACUUCUGGCUGAACAUCGAUUUUCGGAAGGCUUUUAUACGAAUUUUGAAACGAGAACGGCAAAUGAGGACGCGCGCGGGGACUGGGAAUUCCGUAACAAUGACCUUAUUUGGCAGCUUACAUCAAAACAAUGUCAAUCAUGUUUAGCCAGUAAGCCAGGAGCCAGGGAAUGGCGGGAAAGAACUGAGACCAGUUGUCAAAUGAAAAUCCAUUUCUCGGUUGAAACAACCCGAUAUCUUUUGGGAUAUAAAUUAUUUCGGCUUCAAAUUUAUGUCAGGACUAUAGUUCUUAUAACUAAACAUAAUCACAAAAUUUCUACUGGUUUCAUAAGGAAUAACAAAAGAUACAAUCGAUUUAAUACUGCAGAGUGGAUUUCUAUUUUGACAACCCUCCUGAUUGGCGCUGAUUGGCUAAAAAAUGAAAGCGAGAUCACUUGGUUACAUGAAUAUCGUAGAUACGAACCACUGAUCUCGAAAACACUGGAUGCAGUAAUUAGUAAAAGUAUCUAUCAGAAACGAAGUCAGAAUCAAUGAACUGCUAAAGAACCAGAACAGAAUGUGAAAUAUUUAAUGCAUGUGUGAUCCUCACCUGCAAAUGACGAAAUAUUUUAAGGAUAUAGCUA